UAGGACGCCACAGUCACGUAAGCAGUCGAGCGUGGUAUUUAAAAGUCCAAAAACACAACUUGAUCGCAACUCCAACAGGCGCUCGCGGUCAAGUACUGAUCGGCUGGGUAGAUGAGUGGUUUCCAGCGAGUUUGGCGGCAUUUUUAUGCAUUUUUAUGCAAAAAGUCCGCGAGUUGGUACAGAGCUGUGUUCGGCUGCUGCCGCCAGGGGCGCCGCCGGAAGUCAGUGUUUAGAGACAGGUGGCGGUGUGGCGUGACUCGCUGUGGAUGUGCCGCCACAGGACCUUAGGCUACCAUCACACCGCAGCUCUUGAUGCUCAAUUCCCCUUUUUUGCUCAAUGGGAUUUUUUGGGGCUGGACGUUCAUACUGUCAUUAAAUGCCACCUCCACCAUACUUCUGUCACGCUUCAAGGCCGCAAAGCCACCGGCACGCGCAGACACCAGAGGCAGACGUCACAGAGCGGCGCACUGUUUACGGAAGUGCCGGUGAACGUAAUUGUUUCUAGAAGUGGUCAAUAAAGUUCUAUUCAAAAUAAUAAAAAAAAAACGCCGCCAUCUCUCCUUGCUAUUAUCAGAAAGCUGUUGAGCAAUGGGAGCCCACAAUAUUAAGACCACAUCGUAGUGAGACCAAGUAAUGUAAGAAGAAAGCAGCACCGCUAUUAACAACGGUCUUUAUGGAGCGCUACCAGCCGCUGCUGUGCGUGGACGUGCAAUAAGAGGCAGGAGAGUGACGUGAAAGAAGGAAAAAAACAAAAAAAAGCCACACGACCGUCCAGACUGCACACACUUAGAAAAAUAUCCCAUACAUAUCUCAAUUAGUAGCACAUAUGAAAGUGGCACCAAUCAGACUUUAUUUUUUUAGGGGGGGGGAUUAAAAGAUGGGAAUUGGGCCGGUCCCACUAAGAUAAGAGACGGAUGCGGGUCGCAAAAGAGUAAAAUAAAAAAAACUUCCUAUGACGUUUGAACGCAGCCUUAAAGUUGUGUGUGGUGAGUCUGGACCGGAGCUUUGUGCCCAGAGUUUUGUGUCCAGCUCAGAAUUUGGCAGGUUUCCAUUCAAAGCAGUGUGCAUUUUAUCUUCUGGCAUGUGUGAGCCAAAAUUUUGAUUGGGCUUUGUGACUUAAGGAGGAGCCGCUUCAGCAGCGUUUGACUGCCAGAGCCUGAGUUGUCCCAAGUGCGCUGAAGGUUUUUGUCCAGCAGAGGGAGCCAGAGCCUUUUAGUUUCGACCAAAGUUUAAUUUGGUGCUCUUUUAAAAAGAGUGAAUGUUACGGUGCUGCUGCUUGUUGGAAGAGUGGCUUUUAUGUGCGUUUCAUCAGCUGUGUGCGCAGGUGCGGAUUAAGGCAGGGUCGCGGGGGGCGCGCGCAUCCCCCUUUGGGAGACCAAAAGUAAUUUUUUUUUUAAGAGGCCGAAAUCUUAAACAUCCUUCAUAGAAUUAAGAUUAGUAGCCAUUACCGGUCAUCUAGAAUGCGCUAUGACACCAACGUGACGGUUGAGACACCGGAUAUCAGCAUGAAUUUGAAUUGCAACGCCCUGGUCUCGCCAUGCGAGACCUGGGCGCUGUAAUAACGCAGCGUUGCAACACGAUGCGAUUCAGUGAUACCACAAUGGUGUUGAAGCGAGCACGAGGAGACCUGGAAAAAGGAGACGAUGUAAGGCCAAACAAGAAAACCAGACAACCAUCUCUUUUGAAAUUCUUAUCCAAUCAAACAGAAGGGUAAGUAGAAAACAACUUUUUCACUUUUUCUAAAUAACCGCAAAUUUACAUGAUUUUUUGAUUUGUAAACAGUGAACAUAUGUAGCCAGAAAAAAAAAGAGCCGACCGAAACCCGGCGGCCGACGACAGGCAAAUUAAAAAAGAAGUCCGGUCAACAAGGAUCAUUAGCUAUAUCUUAAACUAAAAUGUUUGUGGUGAUUUCAUGAACUUAGUGUUAAUCGAUAAGGAAAUAAAAGCAUAAAUUGUCGUCUCGAUCACUGUGUAAAGAGCAGCCAUAUUAAGUACUAAUAGUCGACAUCACAUCCUGUGACGUCUCUGUGCGUUGCUGCGCUCUGCAAGCUACAACCGUUGUGCACAGCUCCGAUCAACAAUUACUUUGGAUUUUCGGGAGGAAAUUUGUUAGAGCUCUUGUUUAAGCAACAGUGACCACGUGCGUGGCCGUUGGAUGUUCCAAUGCAGAGGGAAAAAGUGAAAAAAAAUUACAGUUUUCACCAUAACAUUAUGAGGCAGAGGGAUAUUUCCGCCAUUGUCUGUAGUGCGGCAGUUGAGAGCAUAAACAAGCGACUUCAGAAGUUUUGUCGUGUUGUAGUAAUAAAUCCAAAGUGUAGGCUUAUAUCUAUAAUCUAAAUAACAAAGAUUGAAAUGUUUAUAUCUUGUUUUCUAUUCUUCAGUGGACCUGGCACAACUACAGAACAUGACCACAGCGUUGACCUGUAUGAACGUCCAGAUAUUGGAGACACACAGAAAAAAGAUGAACAACAAGGACCAUGUUUCGGUGUAAAGACAACUGAAGAGCGGGCACUCAACCAAGCGGAUUUGCCCCAAACUUACGACAUAGAUAUAUCAAAGGCCAAGGACCGGAUUAGUGAAAUGGACGACUCUGAAAAAUUCCAGCUUCUUCAGACCAGAAAACUUCCCAAGUCUUUCAGUUUCCCUGCCAGAGAAUUUAAAGACAACCGAAGAGCCAGUGGGGUGACCAAAAGAACUUGCCAGAGGGACUGGCUGGACAAGUAUGACUUUUUAACAUACUCUGCCCAGGAAGAUGGCGUGCACUGUUUGCCAUGCAUUUUCUUUCCUGUUGAGAGUCAGAGUAGGAGGGCUAGUAUUUUGAUGGACCUACCAUUUACUAACUGGAGAAAGUUCACUGAACAAAUUACAACACACACGCAACUGCAAUACCACCAGAGUUCUGAUGCAAAGUUUCAUGCAUUUGUGGAUGUAAUGAAUGGUCAACAAACAAGGAUUAACUACAUGUUGAAUUCUGAGAUGUAUAAACAUGUUACAGAAAAUAGACUGUUCCUCUCAUCAGUUGUAAAAUGUAUAGAGCUGUGUGGGCGUCAGGGCUUCGCCCUAAGAGGCCACCGAGACGAUCCUACAUCAGAAAGUCUAAACAAAGGCAACUUUCUUGCACUUCUCAAGUUCAGACAAGAAGCAGGCGAUGACCCACUUAAAAACUACUUGGACUCAUGCGGUCAAAAUGCAAAAUACAUUUCUAAAACAUCUCAAAACGAUUUUCUUGACUGUAUAAAAGAGUAUAUUCAAAGCACAAUUGUGCAUGAUGUGCUGAAUCAGAAAUGGGGGCCACACUAUGCUGUAAUAGCUGAUGAGGUCACUGAUGUUUCAAACUAUGAACUAGGUGUGUGUAUUCGCUAUGUGAAAGAUGGCAUUCCUUUUGAAAGGUUAAUAGAUUUUGCUGGAUGUGAUUCCAUAACAGGGGAAGCAAUGUGUAAAAACCUGUUGACCUCUAUAAAGAAAGUUGGCCUAGAUCCAAAACUGUGUCGUGCUCAAGGCUAUGAUGGUGCUGGCAAUAUGGCAGGAAGAGUAAAUGGUUGUGCUGCAAACUGUUGCAAAGAAUCCCCAAGAGCUGAGUACUUCCACUGUGCGAGUCACCAAUUAAACCUAGCAUUAUCCAAGUCAUCAUCUGUUCUGGAUAUCAAAUGUAUGCUUUAAACUGUUGCUUUAGUUGGUAUUUUUUUCAAGUAUUCACCAAAGAGGCAGCAAAAGAUUGAAUCUUCGGUGUCUGAGAUUAACCAGGAAAGGCUUGCAGCAGAUCAAGAACUGUUGGCUAAGAAGUUAAAGCUACUUUUGUAUGUGCACAAGGACAUUCAGUUAGAAAUCAACAAAAUCAUUGACAUAUUUGCCUAGAAGCAUCCCAUAAGGUUGACAUUUGUAAACCCAUUAUCAUAAUCAUAAAUUUUGUAGUAGAGAACAAUAUUCUUUGUCUGGUUUAACUUUGUUUUUUGUUUUUCAACAGUUUAUCUUGUUAAAAUAUAUUCAAAACUCAUUUGUCUUACUUGAACC